UCCCCUCUUCUCUCCCCAGCUGUGGGCUGUGGCGUCGCGAGCGGCGAGAGCGAGACUCGAGAGUCUCGCGAGCAAGAUCAUUAACCCUUGUGGUAGCCUGAUGCCUCUCAAACUCGUUGUUAAUGCAGCUGAUCCUCCCGUGGGAGCUCUGCUGAUUGUGGAGAUUGUCCGCUCCAAGCUAAACUCGGAAUUCCAAGUUGUGUGGUCUAAUGAUUUUGGAAAAAAUCCUGCUAAGCUUCAAUUUUUUGGAGAUAAUGACAAGAUUCUAGGAGAAACAAGCAGUGAUGUAGCCCGUUACUUAUCCAGAGCAAAGAAUGCUGAACUUUAUGGUAGCAAUGAUCCCUUUGAACGAACAGAAGUUGAUCACUGGCUUACGUAUGCUGAAAAACCUUACAAUAAGGUAUACAAAGUAGAUGAUGCUCUUCUUUAUCUGGACCGUGCAUUAACACCUAGAACAUGGCUCGUAGCUAAGCACUUAACCAUUGCUGACAUUUGUGUAUUCUCAAGAAUGAAUGAUGACCAAGAUAAUGAAGCUCUUAAAGAAAAGUAUCCCAACUUGUUUAGAUGGUAUAAGCAAAUGCUUUCUUUGCCAGAAGUCCAAAAAGUCUUGACACUAGUUUCCAAGAACAGGACCAAAGAUCCUAAAGCUGCUAAUAAAAGGAAUGCCGCAGCUCCAAAAGAGGCUGGCAAAAGGAAGCAAGAAGGAAAGUUCAUUGAAUUGCCUGGGGCUGAGAUGGGAAAAGUUGUUGUUCGUUUCCCUCCUGAAGCUAGUGGAUUUUUACACAUUGGUCAUGCCAAAGCUGCACUUUUGAAUCAGUACUAUGCAGAAAAUUUCCAAGGUCAAUUAAUUAUGAGGUUUGAUGACACAAACCCUGCCAAAGAGAAUGUGGAAUUUGAACAAGCUAUUUUGGAAGAUCUUGAAAUGCUUCAAGUCAAGUACAAUCGUUUCACGCAUUCAUCUGACUAUUUUGACUUGAUGUUGGAAUACUGCGAGAAACUACUCAAAGAAGGAAAAGCUUAUGUUGAUGACACUCCAGCUUUACAAAUGAAGGAACAAAGAGAUCAAAAAUUACCAUCUGCAAACCGAGAUAACUCUGUUGAAAAAAAUCAAUCUCUAUGGAAAGAAAUGAUACAGGGUACUUCUAAAGGACAAGAAUGCUGUGUGAGAGCAAAGAUUGAUUACCAGUCACCAAAUGGUUGCAUGCGUGACCCUACCAUUUACAGAUGUAAACCUGAACCUCAUCCAAGAACUGGCAAUAAAUAUAAGGUGUAUCCCACUUAUGAUUUCGCAUGCCCGAUUGUCGACGCGAUCGAGAAUGUCACUCAUACUUUAAGAACGACCGAAUAUCACGACAGAGAUGAUCAGUUCUACUGGUUCAUAGAAGCUCUUAAUCUCAGACGGCCUUACAUUUGGGAGUAUUCACGAUUAAACAUGACCAACACAGUACUGUCCAAGCGAAAAUUAACGUGGUUCGUUGCUGAAGGUUUAGUCGACGGCUGGGAUGACCCUCGUUUCCCAACCGUUCGAGGUAUCUUACGAAGAGGCAUGACAGUCGAAGGUCUUAAACAAUUCAUCAUUGCUCAAGGUAGUUCACGAUCUGUAGUUUUCAUGGAGUGGGACAAAAUUUGGGCUUUCAAUAAAAAAGUUAUUGACCCGGUUGCUAUUAGGUACACAGCUUUAACUUCUGGUGAUACUGUCAAAGUCAACGUAAAAGGCGCUAAAGAAGGCUAUUUGACAGUCGCGAAUCAUCCAAAAGAUCCAGCUAUAGGAACAAAACAAGUACGAAUUGGUCCGACUGUCCUGAUAGAGGAAGAAGAUGCCGAAGCUUUGAAAGAAGGACAAAAUGCUACAUUUAUCAACUGGGGAAAUUUGUUAAUCGAAAAAAUUCGAAAAGAGAAUGGAAAAGUCAUUGAAGUUGAUGCCUCUUUAAAUCUGGAUAACAAAGAUUAUAAAAAUACUCUCAAGCUGACGUGGAUUGCGGCGGAUAAUCCAGAAUUAGUAGAAAAAACACCGAAUGCAACAACGAUUCCUUGUUACACGGUUUACUUUGACCAUAUAAUUACAAAACCAGUUUUGGGUAAAGAUGAUGAUUUCAAAGAUUUCGUUGCAAAAGAUACCAGAAGAGAAAUCGAAAUGGUUGGAGAAGCUGAACUUAGGAGGGUAAAGAAGGGUGAAAUUGUUCAAUUGCAAAGAAAGGGAUUCUUCCGUUGCGACGUUCCAUAUGUCGAUGCAACUGCUCAUUCUUCUCGUAUCCAGCCGCUAAUCUUGUUCCACGUACCUGAUGGACACAGCAGUAUUACACUACCUGGUGCUGCCGAUAAAAUUGGAACCACGGAAGUAGAAAAGGAAACUAAAACCGACGGAUCAGCUGCCGAAUUAUAUGAACAGGUAACAGCUCAAGGAAACAAAGUGCGAGAUCUAAAGAAUGCCAAAGCAGAUAAGGCUACUAUUGAUGCUGAAGUCAAAGCUCUAUUAAGCCUCAAAGAGAAAUAUAAAUCUGUCACGGGUCAAGAUUACAAACCCAAUUCUCCACCUGUCGCAAAAGCUGCACCAGCGCCAGCUCAUCACGACGCGUCACCUGAAAAGCUGAACGAAGCAAUUAUUGCUCAAGGCAACAAGGUGAGGGAUCUCAAAGCUGCUAAGGCAGAUAAGGCACAUAUUGAUUGCGAAGUUAAGGACCUUUUGAGCCUUAAACAGAAGUACAAAUCAGUCACAGGACGGGAUUGGAAGCCGAACGCCACUCCACCAGUUCAAAAAAGCACUCCUCCAGUAAAGGCGUCCAGCAACGACGAUUCAGCUGUUAAGAUAAACCAAGAAAUUGUAACUCAAGGUAAUAAAGUCAGAGAUCUUAAAGCUGCUAAAGCCGAUAAAGCAACAAUCGAUGCCGAAGUAAAAGCUCUUCUGAAUCUGAAGGCUCAAUAUAAGGCUACCACUGGUCAGGACUGGAAGCCAAACGCCGCUCCAGCAGAAUCUAAAGGUUCUGAUUCAGCUGAUAAAAUAAACGAAGAAAUAGUGGCUCAAGGUAAUAAAGUCAGAGAUUUGAAAAGCGCUAAAGCUAGUAAGGCUGUGAUUGACGCAGAAGUCAAGACCCUUUUGAGUCUUAAAGGAAAAUACAAAACUUUAACGGGUCUAGAGUGGAAACCAAAUUCUGCUCCCGUGGCUAAAAGCGAAUCUUCUGCACAAUCUAAUUCUCCUAUUUCUCUAGCACAAGAAAUAAAAAAGCAAGGUGAUAUUGUUAGGGAUUUGAAAUCUAAGAAACCAGGUCCAGAUAUCAUAACUCAGGAAGUAGCAAAACUUCUCAACCUGAAAGCUGAGUACAAGAGGCUAACUGGUAAAGACUGGAGUCCCCUAUCUUGUACAGUUGAGAGCACCAUGCAGCCUUCAAGCAUCGAAGGAGGAGAUGAUUUAGAGCAGAAAAUCAUUGCUCAGGGUGACAAAGUUAGAGAUUUAAAGACGAAAAAGGCUGAUAAAGACACUAUACAGAAGGAAGUCCAGGCUCUUUUAGCUUUAAAAACAGAAUACAAAAAUGUCCACGGUAAAGACUACGUGCCUGCCUCUGGUUCUGGGCGUGCUCCCCGUGAAGCUAAAGCAGUAGCUCCGAAAUCAGCAUCUAAAAUCGUAGCUCCUCGAGAGGGUAAGACUGAAAAGGAAUCUGCAGCAGCAAGCAAGGACGGUGACAGUGGCAAGACGGGAACAAGGUUAGGCUUGGAAGCAAAGAAAAAUGAAAAUCUGCCAGAUUGGUACUCGCAAGUCAUAACGAAAGGAGAAAUGAUUGAGUACUACGAUGUGUCGGGUUGUUAUAUUCUUCGUCCUUGGAGUUACUCGAUUUGGGACGUUAUCAAAGACUUCUUUGAUGCAGAAAUCAAAAAAUUAGGUGUAAAGAACUGUUAUUUUCCCAUCUUCGUUAGUAAAGCAGUACUUGAGAGAGAAAAGACGCAUAUUGCUGAUUUUGCACCAGAAGUAGCGUGGGUAACAAAGAGUGGUGACUCCGAUUUAGCCGAGCAUAUUGCAAUACGUCCGACGUCGGAAACUGUUAUGUACCCAGCGUACGCUAAAUGGCUCAAGUCUUAUAGGGAUCUUCCACUUAAACUCAAUCAAUGGAAUAACGUUGUGAGGUGGGAAUUCAAGCAUCCUCAACCAUUCUUGCGUACCAGAGAGUUCUUGUGGCAGGAAGGUCACACUGCUUUUGCUACUAAAUCUGAAGCCGAUGAAGAAGUACUAGUAAUUUUAGACUUGUAUGCUAGAAUUUACGAAGAAUUCUUGGCCAUCCCUGUUGUGAAGGGUCGCAAGACUGAAAAAGAAAAGUUUGCUGGUGGUGACUACACAACGACAGUAGAGGCUUUCAUUUCAGCCAGUGGUCGUGCUAUCCAAGGUGGUACUAGUCAUCAUUUGGGUCAAAACUUUUCUAAAAUGUUUGAUAUCCAAGUCGAGGGUGCUGGAGAAGGCAGCGAAAAGACCUACGUUUAUCAAAAUUCGUGGGGACUCACAACGCGCACUAUUGGAGUAAUGAUAAUGGUUCAUGGUGAUGAUAAAGGUCUCGUUCUUCCUCCUAAGGUAGCUUCGAUUCAAGCUAUGAUAGUUCCCUGUGGUAUUACAGCAUCAACCACUCCAGCACAAAAAGACAAACUGUUAGACGAAUGUAGUAAAUUAGAAAAAGAACUGCUUAAAGAAAAUAAGAUAAGAGUCGAAGGAGAUUACAGAGAUAACUACAGCCCUGGCUGGAAAUUUAAUCACUGGGAACUGAAGGGAGUACCAGUGCGUGUUGAAUUAGGGCCUAAAGAUUUGGAAAAGGGACAAGUUACGUUUGUAAGAAGAGACACAGCAGAAAGGAUAACUGCUAACAGGGCUGAGGCUCAUGAUUUCCUUCUGAAAUUAUUGGAUAAAAUCCAGUCCAACUUAUUAGAGAAGGCGAGGGUCGAAUUGAAAGAGCAUACCAAACAAACUAACAAUUGGAGUGAAUUCUGCUCAUAUCUAGACAACAAAAAUCUAAUUCUUGCUCCAUUCUGUGGUAGAAUUGAAUGUGAAGAUAAAAUAAAGGCUGAUAGUGUUAGGGAGGAUCCUGGUGAUGAUCCUAAUGCACCAUCCAUGGGUGCAAAGAGCUUGUGCAUUCCAUUUAAUCAACCAGAUGGAAGUGCUGAGCAAAUCAGCAAAUUAAAAUGCAUCCACACUGCAUGCCAGGAAAAACCCAAGUUUUAUACUCUGUUUGGCCGCAGUUAUUAAAAAUAGUACGAUUUUUUCUUGUUGGAUUUUAAUACAGUUAAAGAAGUUCAUUGAAUUCCCAAAUUUUGUACCUCAUCCUUUUUAGAAAAUGUAUAUUAUAAAAUAAACUAUUUAUUUUAGGAAUAAAAUGUUUAAAUAAUGA